AUGGAAAAUGUAUCUCCAAGUAUAGAUGAUUUCUAUUCAUACUACACAAGUGCACCAACUAGUCCUAGGAAAUAUAAUUAUCUAGAUGGCUUCUUAUUUCUUAGUAUGCCAACUAGCCCUACAAGGAAUCGGGUCGGAUUUGAAUCCGGGUCAAUUACACCCGAGAUGUCCGAUAGCUUCUCUCCUUAUGUCGAUAACUUUGAAUUCGAAGGGAGCAAGAGGUUUGAUCCCUAUGAAAAUCGGUUUGGAACGAGUCGGGAUCUUUCUAUAGCGUAUGCUGAUGAGUUGUUUUGUGAUGGAAAAAUGCUUCCCUUAAGACCCCCACCACGGGCCCAAUGCACGAGGCCCAAUAAAGGGAACAAUUCGACUGCAUCAUCCUCUGGGGGUCGAGGGUCGAAACUCAAGGUGCCAUUCUUGAGGCAAAGGAGCUUGUGGAAUGAUGGGUAUGAUCCCUUCUUAGAUGCAUUAAACAAGGUUAAGGAAGGUAAUGAUAUGGUAAGUCAACAUAGAAAGAAGGCCCAACUAAGACGGUCCAAAUCCCUAUCACCAUUUAGAAGGCCCAAUGGGUCAACGACAUGGAAGAGUACUCACAUACAUAACAAAAUGGGCUUGAGUCCAAGAAAAGAUGUUUUAGGCCCAUUAAAUCCUAUUGUUUUUAGGCCCAUUAAGGAGACUAAAGAGGAAAUGGGAAAUUUUGAAUCCUUGGAGUCUAGGAAGCAAAGGAUCAAGAAAUUCUUAUUGAAGAACUCAUCCUUUGGGAAAGAAGUAAAUAGAGAAAAGAGAGAACAUAAAACUCCAUUGUUGCUAAGGAAAUUGUACACUUCACAAAGAUCUUGUUCGAUUAUUAGGAUUUCUAGAGAAAUGAAGAGUUUGAUGAAACAUAGAGCUAGGUUUUUCUAUUGCUUGGCCAAGCGCUUUGGUAUCAAAAGCUCAAAAAAAUGA